UUCUUCAGAGCGGGUUACGCUCGCCUCUUCCGCUCGCCGCGCCGCACUUGUCGUCAUGUACGUAAAGUGCGUGCGGGUCACUGGCAAAGGCUUUUCAGCUGGUUAGCCAAAACAUCCACUGAAAAAGAGAUGAGCAGGAAAACGAGACGAAGAAAAUGAGAAGUAUUUAUUCCGAGCUCCACAAAUAGCGACCGAGAGAAAAGCGGUCUGGGUGGAACCUCGGCACACACCGUUCCUCACAUCCAGAGGUGAACGCUCCACCUGGUCUUCUGUAGGACUGCCUCUGUGUGACGGGACAAGCGAGCGCGGAGGUCCAGCAUUUAUAGGAACCGACACAUAUGGCCAUACACCAAACGCAUGGAGUGUUUAGACAUACCUGAAUAUCAGAUGGUGGGGGAACCUCUGAGCUCCUUCUAGUUUUUGAUCAGCUCAACACGUUCUUGCUGUCGAGGUCUGCACUGGGGUCGGGUGUAUGGGUGUUGUGCUGAGAGCAGGUUGUUGUCAUGGUGGAGCGGUAUGUCUAAGCCUGAAGCUAGCGUAGCUUCCCAGUCUCAUAUAGCAUGUUAGCAUAUGGCUAGCCGCGUAUGGUGACAGAUCAGGCCAUUAUCCUCCCCUCCAUCACCAUCUCUGGCCCCUACAAGGGGGUAUAAACUAGUUGGAAGUGGUGCCCCCCCUCAUCAUCUUUUCAUUUAGUCAUCAUCCACCCAACAAUCUUUUUUUUUAGUUUAAACUCCAUCUUUCACUCUCACCAGCCCUGGUCAUUUUGGUGCAGUCUAAGCUCUGGUCCUGUAUGAGAUCCACUUCUUUCCUUUGAAUUCCUCUCAUCUGUCCCAGUUCAACUUCACUUACCACAGCUGACUCCCUGCCCUCUUUAAAGUCAAAUCCCAACCACAGUCUAAUUCACAUAUUGGCCAAGCGUAGACCAUCCCAACUUCUGACAGCCGCUAGGCAGUUGUUUUGGUAGUUCUCUUGGUUGCAUGGAAUCGGCUUAACCGUGGAGAGGCCAGGCUACCACAAACUGAUGGACUUUGACAAGCGAGGAGUAGGGGGAGGAGGGGGCGGGGGUGGCGGCGGUGGUGGUGGAGGAAAAGGGGAGACAGAGGAGGGGAAGAGGAUGUCUGGGAAGACGGGGAGUCGAUCAGGACACGGUGGCCGGGGUGGCGGAUCCAACUCCGGGGUUCUGAUGGUCGGACCAAACUUCCGAGUCGGAAAGAAGAUCGGCUGUGGGAACUUCGGAGAGCUGCGACUUGGAAAGAACCUGUACACCAAUGAAUACGUGGCUAUCAAACUGGAGCCCAUCAAGUCACGGGCGCCGCAGCUUCACCUAGAAUAUCGCUUCUACAAACAGCUGGGGAGUUCAGAGGGCGUACCGCAGGUGUUCUACUUUGGACCGUGUGGUAAAUACAAUGCUAUGGUUCUGGAGCUACUGGGACCGAGCUUAGAAGAUCUGUUUGACCUCUGUGACCGGACUUUCUCUCUAAAGACUGUACUCAUGAUAGCCAUACAACUGAUAACUCGUAUGGAGUUUGUCCACACCAGAAGCCUGAUCUACAGAGACGUGAAGCCAGAGAACUUCCUGGUAGGACGACCCGGCUCCAAACGACAACACACCAUUCACAUCAUAGACUUUGGCCUGGCGAAAGAAUACAUCGACCCAGAGACCAAGAAACACAUCCCAUACAGAGAACACAAGAGUCUGACUGGAACUGCUAGAUAUAUGAGCAUCAACACACACCUGGGGAAAGAGCAAAGCAGGAGGGAUGACCUGGAAGCUCUAGGUCACAUGUUCAUGUACUUCCUGCGAGGCAGCCUACCAUGGCAGGGACUCAAGGCCGACACUCUGAAAGAACGUUAUCAGAAGAUCGGAGACACAAAGAGAGACACACCAAUUGAGGUCCUCUGUGAAAGCUUCCCCGAAGAGAUGGCCACCUACCUGCGGUACGUGCGUCGGCUCGACUUCUUCGAGAAGCCGGACUACGACUAUCUGAGGAAACUCUUUACGGACCUCUUUGACAGAAACGGAUACAUCUUUGACUACCAGUACGACUGGACUGGAAAGCCACUGCCCACUCCUAUUGGUCCAGUGGCCAGUGAGACUCCGCUUCAGGCGAGCCAACGAGAGAAAGCGCCGCAGACCAAAAAUCAGUCUCCAGAGGGGAAAGGCAGUGAGUCCCAGCCCACGCCAGUGACCAAUCGAGAGCUGCUGGGCUCCCAUCUCACUGCUGAUAGGCUGGGCGGGUCUGUCCAGGUGAUGAGUUCAACCAACGGCGAGCUGAAUACAGACGACCCCACUGCAGGACACUCCAACGCACCAAUCACAGCCAACGCAGAGGUGGAAGUGGCUGAUGAUACCAAGUGCUGCUGUUUCUUCAAGAGGAGGAAGAGGAAAGCUCUCCAGAGACACAAAUGAAAAGGAGAGACGAGAAGAACCCUGCUCUCUUUUUCUCUCUCUCUCUCUCUCUCUCUCUCUCUCUCUCUCUCUCUCUCUCUCUCUCUCUCUCUCUCUCUCUCUCUCUCUCUCUCCUCUUCAUAUAACCCUCUCUUCACCCUCCCCCUCUGACCCUCCUCCUCUGCUGUCGGGGGUCCUGUAGUCUACCUUGGGUCGGCUGGACUGGCUGGACCACCGAGCGGCGUAAGAUAUGUUUGCUAAGCUGAUCUACUGGUUUCUCCUGGUCCUGGUGCCAGACGGACAGACAGAGUAACAUGUGUUUGCUGUUCCACCUCGGAGCUUUAAAUGUGGACUAGCUGACCAGUGGUGGAGUCUUCAUGUAUUUUACAAACUGAACUGAAACUGGAUCAACACAAACUGCUGUGGGAAACAAGAGACAAGUUGAUGGACUACGGGCGAGCUGAUUGGCCGACAAACUGGAUCCAGCUGACGGAUUGGCCUCGCUCUGUUUUUGUUUGUUUGUUUGUUUGUUUGUUUUUCUUCCUUACUGACUGGUUCAGAGGAGAGAGAAGUGUGUUUCUGAGGAAACACAGAAGAGAGGACAACAAAAGGCCGAGAGGCAAUGAGACCGUCGGACCACACAUGCGCGCGCGCACACACACACACACACACACACACACACACACACACACACACACACACACACACACACACACACUGAUACAUAUAUGUACAAACACACUGCACACUUUUCUCGAGCUCAUCACAAAGAGACUUCAUGGAUACAAAGAUGCAGCUCUUGCACAUAGUCUAUAAAGUUUUUAUCCCCCAGGGUCGAUGGAA